AUCGAAAUUCCGAAAUUGGUUCCGGAAUCUCGAAAGUUGUGCUGCCAAGGACUAGACUGCCUGGAAGUGUCCGGACGAUGUUUUUGCCCCCAUCCGUGCCUCCGGCUUUAGUGUCCCGCUGUUGCAGUUCUGGGUUGAUUGACUCGGGGUGCAUGCUCGGACACGGAAGGAUAGAUUCUGCUACUGGAUGGGACAAGUUUCAGCAACUGACUAUAUUCCGGUCAUGUUUAAUGCCGUAACCUACUUAUCUAGUCAACAAUAAGCGGGGCUCAACACCGGAGCGGCAGUCUAAGCUCCAACACAAGGAGACGAGACAUACCCUCUUCAUCCAUUGCGUCCCAGCACAGAGCAUUCGCACCAAAACGAACUUGUACGAGAAUCUUGUCACUCUGAGUCCGUCAAACAUGGGUUUCGACUACUGCACCGAGAACGAACAAUACCUCACUCCACUUGUUGAAGGUCUGGUAGAAAACACUCAUUACUAUGGUCGUGUUCUUGGUACAAGUCCGGCGGAGCAAGACAAGGAUGUCCAACUCUUUGCUGGCUUUCUGCGCGUCAUCCCAGGCAAGGUUGACUAUUACGGGCCCACGGACCACGAGGAGUCUGGCAUUGUCGUGAAAGGCGAGCUCGACUUGGAAGACGAGAAUGGGAAAAAGGUUACUCUGCAUCAAGGAGAGGCAUUCUUUAUCCGGAGACAAAGUCAGAUCAUUUUCUCUACCAAGAGAUUCGCCCUUGUGUUCAAAUGUAGCUCGUAUGCUGCUGGGCUUGGGAAGUCGAAAGAGAUGAUCGAGAAGUAGUAGAACCCAAAGCGUAUUGAUCGCAAGGAAUUGAAACUCACGUCAC